AUGUCUGAUGCCCGUCGACACUGGCACGGCAUCAUGGGCGACCGUCACGAACACCAGAAUGUGUGGGUUAGAGGCGGCGGCUUUCCACAGUCACAACCCCAAACUCUGGCUCCCCAGCCAUCCGAGACGAGAACCAUCGAGGAAAGACGGGAUUCAACCGCGUCCACUGCCUCGAAUACUUCCAGCACCUCCGGCCCCGCUGACCAGGGCACUGGUAAUAUGGGACAGAUGAGACAGACAGAGAGAAGAUCCAGUGCGAUGGGCGCGAGAUCCCCGUCUCUUUUUCAGAAUCUGGUAGAUCAGAAGCGGAAUUCGGCGGAUCCUUCACUCGCUCAGCGGAGGCAGAGUUGGAAUGAGCAGAUGCCUAGUGGUGGGUUUCUUUCUAAGUGGUGGGAUGAAUACACCAAGGGUCGGUAG